AAGAAAAAAAUAUGAGAACUUAAAGAAACCAGAACCUUCUUUAAUAAUUUCUUUUCUUUACCGAGCUCUUGCUUUUUCUUGGAUUCGGUCACCGCCGCGGUUCAUGAUUCCGGAUCUGACUUCUUCUCCGUUGAACACUGUCAGGGAUUGAUGCACCAAACAUGGAAAGAGAAGCAAAGAAGGAGGCUUUCAGGAAGUAUCUAGAGUCCAGUGGUGUUCUUGAUGCUCUGACUAAAGUACUAGUUGCAUUAUAUGAAGAAAAUGACAAGCCUCAAUCUGCAGUUGAGUUUGUUCAACAGAAAUUAGGAGGCCCAUCAGUUUCUGAAUAUGAAAAGCUACAAGCUGAGAAGGCAGAUUUGCAAUUAAAGUAUGACGAGCUCUUGGCAGCUCACAGAGAAACAUGCAGAGAGCUCGAGGAACUUAAGAACUCAAAGCUCAUAGCAACUGGCAAGGAGACUGAAGAUGGAGACAACAAUAAAGGGUGAAUAGUAAAGAAUUUCAAGAAAUAGUACACACUGCAUCUUAACAAAAUUCAUCAUUUGUCUGAAAGAAUUUAAUUUGCAUUCCACCGAUCCUCAGAAUGGCUAAUUGUCUACUGGUUUAUUACAGCUAAAGGUCAUUUUCCUCAUUUUUAUUUUGCUUCAUCCAUCUUUUCAACUACGUAUUAUCACUUAACUAAACAGGCCAUGGAUACGAGUGUUGUUCCAUUAUCAGCUUGAGAGUUGAACUCAUUGUCUUGAUUUAGAAGCCAGUUUCCUUGGCUGUAUAGAUCAUCUUGACUCCCAAUGAGAUGAUGAAAAUGUAGUCCCAGACUUUUUCAUUUUUGCCCCUUGAUCAAAAGCAGGUGUAAUUUUAUUAUCCA